GGAAUGUGGCAGCACGACAGUGAAAAUCCCCCCACAGCUGGAGGCUUCAUAAAACAAAAUGAACAGGCUAAUUGUUACAUUAAUUCUCUGGAUUGCAACAAUGCAUAUGUGGAAAUGUUAUCCCAUUGCCCCUCCUGUGCUGUCUGGGAAAUCUGAUUACUGCCUUCUCCUGCUGAAUAGUUGCCCAACCAAGUUGGAUGGCUCUGAAGAUUUGGCAUUGUUAAAGUCUCUGCUUCAGAAGUCUUACAUUAAAAGAUCCUUUCGGAAUGGGGUUGGAUCAGGAAUUAAAAAAACAACCUUGAGAAGAGCGAAGUCAUAAACAAAUGCCUGAGGAAACAUUCAUGGAUCAGAACAUACAAGAUUUAACUUAAUGUGCUGAAAAGCAUUUGUUGUGCAUUUCAAAUGAUGAAUGAAACCAACAGAGACACCUGUAUCACUUUCAUAAUGUAAACAUAAUGUUUAUUUGCAAUGCUGCAAGCCAGGUGAUUGUUCUGAACAGGCAUUUCUUUGAAAAUAGUAAUAGUGCACAUUUUAUGCAUUUUAUAAAGCAUUUUCACUUUAAUUCCAAAGGCAGAUUUUGUGCCUUUAAAAAAAAACACCCUGUGUUUUGAAUAUGUCAUUUCAAACCAUCUUCAUAAUCUGAAUGUGCUUUGCCCUGAUAAAUAGCUCUGCUGACAUGUUUCUUAUAUGAUGCUUUGAGACAAUCUCAUUCAUGGGAUAGCAGCGUGCAUUUGGAUAAAUGUGAGUUAAAUGGGGCUAUAUGAGAUAGAAAGCAAUGUUAGGAAAUGGAACUCUCCAUAUUACAGGCUCCACAAUAAAAAUAUUUCAGAUUACUUUUUGGGAAAUUCAGAUAGAGUUAAAGUGAUCAUUCUUUGAAAAUGAAUGCAUACUGAGAUGAAAAUGUUUUUAUCCAAUCACUUUUGAUUUCCAUUUUGAAAAUGAUGGCUGUGCUACAGUAGAAACGAACCAAUUUUAAUCUUUACAUGAAUGCCAGAGCAGGCAAUACCUUUACUACUCCACUUAAAAAGCAAAUAAGGAGCAAACUUUCACGGGUGAAGUUCACUUCCUCAAGUGCUUACUCGGGGUGCCAAAUGCUACCAGGGGCAAAGUUUGAAACCUUACCCCACAAAGGCUGUUUGCAGCCCAUGUUUGAACUCAUCUCUCGGAAGCAGAUCGGGCACACCCACCUGUCAUGGAUUCUUGGGACUCUCGUUUAUAUAUUUUCUGCACUAUACACAAAAUAUUGGUGCAUGGCCUGAGGAGGUGGACUUGACCCAUAAAAACGUGCUGUUUAUUCCAUUGUUUUAGUGGUCUAAUACAGGCAUUGCCUGCUCUUGCACUUUUUAGGAACCACGCAGCCCUUUCCUAUUUUAAUCUUCAGAUCUUUCUUUCUGUUUCUUUGCUGCGCUGAAAUAGACAUGGUUAGCUGUGCAGUCUCAAAACAUAGUCUUUUUUGUCAACAAGAAAAGGUCAUCUGCUGAGAUACAUUAUUUGUGUGACUUUUCGCUUGUGGCCAUGUGAUGUUACAAACUCUGUGUGUCAGCAUGAAAAUGUUCUGCAGGGCUUUGAUCAGAUGCAUUUUGAAUGUGGAGCACAACUAUUCAUCAUUGUAUGGAAUAGUUUCAAAACUUCUAUUUAAACAAGAAAAUUUUGUUAAUAAAAACAAAUGUGGACCCUGGAUAAUAAAGUUAAUUUGUUUGAUGUGCCAUAAGGGAACAAUGUAAUUAAUGUGGGUCUUUUCAUAUGAAUAAAGUUUAUGUAUGUGCUCAGUUGUAGAUGUAUGUAUGUAUGUACAAUAUGUAUGUACUGUAUUUGGUAGCAGGAAUGCACCAACAAGUAUGACAGAUUUGGGGCAGAAUCUUUGGUAUAGUUUAAAAUGCAGCGCUUCUUUCUAAUGCAUGUUAAUUUAGCAAUAUUUUCAGAGGGUCAGUGGAAUGUGCCCCUCCAAAGGAAACAUCAUUGUUACUCUCUGACUUCCACAUAUUUGGAGAACCAGUGCUUGGGGAGAAUAAUCCACUAGUAAUUCAUAAGUAGAGACAUGGGCCAAAAUCCUAUCAACAUUUGCA